UGAUAAUAAACAAAGUUUCCUCGUUUCAUAAACUGUCGUCUAUAAAUCAAACCUUUUUCAAGUUUUUGUCAAAUUUAGUGCAAGAAAAUGGUUGUAGAUGGUAAAAAUGAUCUUAAUCGUGUCGGAUGGUUUAGCGAAAUGGGCUACAUCUCCAUUGGAGACCCGUAUAAGCCAAAAAAGAAUGGUAUUAUUUUACGUUUUAAUAUUUUGGACUGUCUUUAAUAUAAUUUAGUAAUUAUAGAGCUUUACCGUUUGUUAUAGUACGACUACAGACAAUCAUUUAAGUUAAUAUAGUAAUAGACUUAAAUAAUUAAGGAUAUUGCUCGGUUUUGGUUAUAUUUAAGUCAACAAUUUAAACACAAAAAGACAUAGAAAUUAUAGACUUUUACAGUACUGUAUGUAGUUGCUUUGUUUACAUUUUGUCGGACAGGCUGAUUGUGUUAUCACAGUAAAGAACAUGAUCUAUUACCUGCUGGCAAUGUUAUCCUAUGGGAUAAGGUUUAAUCAUUGUAUUAAUCUUUUAUUAUUGCUGAACUAAUUUUGUUGGCAUUUAUAUAUACCGUAAUAGAAAGCUCGAUCAGUUUGAUCUAAACUGUUCUCACUGUCUGAUGUUAAUAUGCACUCUCUGUUGCCACAAGGCCGGAUUUUGGUGGAAAUAGUUGGGGAGGUGGAAAAAAAUUUAGGGGAGGUGCAGCAGUUUAGGCCAUGACCCCCACGGAAAGUUGGGACUUAAAACGGACCAAAGUCAACAGCGUAUGCAUGUAGUGUACAUAUGUUUCAAUUAAUGUACUAAUGAAUAUAUUAAAAGGAUACUUGGCACAUAUAUGAAUGUACCAAAUAGCCUCCAAUUUACGGGGAUUAAACUUUAAACUGACUUUAAUGUAAUUGAUGUAUGUUUAAUUAAGCAUUUAACGAGGCUUCCCACAAAGGAAAACAGAUGCUUCCAGGAGGCAGCAAGACGAGAUCAGCCCGACAAGAUGGAUACUUUGAAAAACAGUUCACUCGAAUCAUGGAAGCCGAGUCCUACAGCGAUCCAGUGAAGCGACGAAGACAGGACAGACUGAAACAGUCCUCGCUUAAUCUUGGACAUGCUUUUGUUCCGAGCAGCGGGGAAAAAUUAGCGUAUGUGCAUCCACAUUUCAAAUAUUUUGCGCUGGGAGGGUGCUGAAAAUUCAUGAGCAGAGGGGGCAUGUAGCGCUUUCAUGGAAGCUGUGGCAGGGGUUUACAUGGAGUCACAGUUGCAAGUGGGGGUUGGGUUCAGGACGAGGUGAAGACCCCAGGAAUUUUGAGAUUUUUGGUCUUAUUUAGUUCAAAAUCCUUCUUCAAUUGAACUACUGUCAUUUAAUCCAAUGAGCAUUUAAAUUUCAGUGGUGUUUAUGCAAAUUUCUCUAGGGAUGGGUUGGGAUAACAUUUCUCUGGAUCGAGGGGGUGCAAAAUAUGUUGGGCUGUGUCUACCCCCUCCACCCCCAUAUAAACCGUCUAUGCUUCUAAUCGAUUUGGUUUGAGUCCAACACUUCUUCCACUUUUGUCUUACGAUCCUGCCCCUAUCAAUUUCAGGUCUGGUGCGGGGAGUCAUUAUGGAACGUUCGCAGGUCCAGUUGGAGCAUUUAGUCCAGUCGACAAAGCGAAGAAAGGUUACAAAUCCUCGGGAAGAAAUUUCACCACUAACCCAGCAAAGAAAGGCACUGGCUAUGGUUACCUGGGCGUCACCAUUGGUCCGACACCAAAAUACACGCCAGAUCCUUACGAGAGAGCGAAAGAAAUAAGAAACGUAAGCAUGUUAUAGGACAAUUAAUAACGCUUCCGGAAAGUGCUCGCAGGGUUCGCGUACAAAACUUGAAAGUCCUUGAAUGUCCUUGGAAUUUGAAAACAAAAAUUCAAAGCUUUGAAUAUCCUUGAAUUUGUAAAGAAGUUCUUGAAAGUCUUUAAAUUCUUCUUGCUUUAGUUUAUGGAUAUUUUCUGAAAUUGUUUGUUAUUCAAAACGGACAUUUUGUUGAACUGAUUUUGCAUGUUCAUAUCUGACAAAGCUGUUUGAAAUUCAUUAAAGCUGGUUCCCUUUUUGAACAAUUCAACGUCACAUUUUACUGAUUUCUAACGCUUUCUCUUCAGUAUUUAGUCCUUGAAUUUGCUAAUACAUGACCUUGAAUGUCCUUAAAAAGACCUUGAAUUUGAAUAUUUCUGACAUGUACGAACUCUAGCUGUGCUCGGUCUUGGCUAUAGUAGUAGAGAUAGACUUUUAUCUUGUCGCAGGUGACACAUUUAUGAAACCGUACACUCAGUUAUAUCAGUGAAUAUAAAAGACCUGAAAAAUGUUGUUCACUCCUAUACAAGCGCCAUUUUUAACCACGUUUUGAGAAGUUAACGAUACCCUAGGCCUAGAGCAUAGUUAACUUUAACUCACUCGGUUUUAACUGAAGUCAUUAACGCUUAUUACAUUUUAUACAACCGUUACUACUCUGAUUAACGCUUACUACAUUUUACAUAACUACAUUUUAUACAACCGACUUAACUGCCGCAUGUGUGGUUAAAGUUAACCACUAAAUAAAUUUAACUAUAAAAAUUAUCAGUGAGGGUUGAUCAAAAAGCUGCGAUAAUGAGCAGCGCGACAAUAUUCAAUAACUAGUUCUUUUUUAAAUUAAUAGUCAACCUUUAUGCCUUUUGCAUUUAGAAAGACCAAGACAUGAGUAUCAAGGUACGAAAGGGCGGCGCAUUCCGUUUGAAUCUUCAUCCCAAAACUUACUUCGAUGGAAAUCCAUACAAGUCUGAUAAACGUACGUAGAUAUUGAAGAAGCGAUUCUUCUAAGAAGCGAAGCUAAUUGCAAGAAACAAUUUUCACUGAGAGUAAACUACUUUGUACUAAUUAGUUUCUUAAAUUUUUCCGUACAGCUCUGCCACCGCUGAAAGAUGCGAAAGCAAGACCACAAAUCGGGAAACCUUUCAAGCAAAGUUCACCAGGGAAAGAGGUAUGGAACAGGAACAUUUUAUAUUCAUGACUGUUAUGGUUUGUAGCAAAUUAGUUCAUGUUCGCUUUCAUCAGUUUACCUUUGUGGUCAGAAUUCGAAUCUAACAUGGAUCGCGACUUGACUGUUGCAAAGCAAGGCGUUUCCUUCAUUGACCUUUUUGAAAAAGAGUUUAGAACCACUAUAGAGUUCACUGUUUUGAUAUAGAGCUAUCCAAUGUAAAUAAAGUUAGUUUUAGUAACACUGGAGCAAUAAAUACUUGCAAUUUUCGCUGCGAUUUCAGGUGCGUUUUUCUCAGUUGUGAUCGGAGUGGACGAGUUCUGAUAAUUUUUUGGAGUAUGCGUAUAGGAAUGCGCUCAUAGUACUCGUUCACAUAAAGACAUUAGGUUUUAUAAAUAUGACAUACUGUAGACGAAAAUGAGGCUCUAUGUGAAACUGAAAGUAUGUAAAUAUUCUUUAUUUCUGUGUUAAGAUCGGUGGUUGCAAGGCAGGAUGUUUCGAGUCGUAUCCAUCACACUCGGACGAUCCUUACCAACCAAAGAAAACCUCAGCUGAUGGUUCUCAAGCCAAGAAGAUUUUCAGACCAUCCCAAGGACCCAAGUCUACGCCGUUCGUCUCAGUUAUCAAAGAGAAUGUUGACAGGUAAGAUAAGAGGGAAUUAAAGUAAAUAUUCAUUAAUUGAAACAUUUAACAUUCAUCAUUAAAGCUUGACGAAGUUCAGAUCAAAUCCUAGGACUACGUGAAGCUUUGAAUCCUUUGAUAAAAUCCUAUAUAUAUAUAUAUAUAUAUAUAUAUGGCUGGAUAAAAUAGGAAUAAAUCAAAUGAACCCUUUCCUAUAUAGUUGUGAGAAUUUCUUCAAUGUUUCUUUUUGUUCGUUUUAGGAGAAUAAAUGUUACUAAUUUCCGUCAAGCGGGCUUGAUAAAGACGUAACAGAGAAACUGAAAUAGCAGACUACUUCUUGAAUGAAAAAUUUUGGGAAUUACUUUUACUUACACAGUGAGGUUUUGUAAAUCAUUAUUCUUUAAUAAAGAGUUCGUAUAAAGUUGUUGGUUAUUAUACUGCAAUAUUAUACCUCAAAUUCAAAGUGUCCAAUCAGAAAGCUAAGUUUGUGCCACGUGAACAUCAAAUUUAUCAUCCUGAUCACGCCUACGUCUCCCUUCCCAGGCUUGCCCGAUUUUAGGGACCGCCUGUCAUGCAGGCUAACGUCUCCCGGGUGAUAUGAUUCGUGUAAACCACGCGCGACGAUCACGCAAACAAGAUGGCCGACAAAAUAGACAAAUGAUAAUAUUG